AUGGAUCGUCCAGGCUGUGGAGAUUCGACGCUCGCGGACCGCAGUCUCGUUGACUGGCCUGCAGAUGUUGUGAGCCUCGCAGACCAUCUCAACAUUGAGCGCUUCAGCGUGCUCGGUGCUAGCGGAGGCGGACCAUACGCGUUGGCCUGCGCACGCUUCAUUCCCCAAAAACGACUUCGGGCGGCGACUGUGGUGUGCGGUAUUGGACCCAUCGAGGCACUUCUAGACACUGUGCCCUAUCUAUCAUGGCGGCUCAUGGGUAUAACUCCAUGGCUGCUACGGCAAGGGGCCCUCCGUGUCUUCCUACCUCACAUCCUCAUUCGUCCCUACCUCACUAGGGACCCUUCCCGCCUCAAGCGUGUCCUCGAAGACCAAGCCAAGACUCCAGAAGAGAAAGAGCAAUUUCGCGACAACAGCGGAGAGACCAAUCUUGACGACGUUGUCGCAUCAUUACUUGAGGCCUUCAAGCAAGGCGCUGGCGGAUGCAUGCAGGAUGGUGCUGCGCUUACGAGAGAAUGGGGCUUUGAUCUGAAGGACGUAGACAGCGAACGGGUCUUGCUAGUACAUGGUGAUCAAGAUGCGCAGGCGCCGUUGAAGGUUGCGCAGUGGAUCGAUGAGAGAUUGGGCGGCGGAAGACUGCGGACGCUCGAGGGCAAGACACAUUUUACGAUCUGGAAGGAGCAUUCGGAGGAGAUAUUCCGACAAAGCGCUGAGGCGUAA